UUCGUCGAGUCGUACUGCUGCUGCUUCAUAAUUUAUUUUUCUCACUGGCUAUCCAUCUUGAAAAACGGCAAAACUUUGUAGUGAUUCGGUAGUGCUCUGAAAGCGAGCCAUUUUUCCUCCCGAAAAGUGAGGAGUUUUGGCCCGAAAAUAGUGUCAAAAAUAAUCGGGCACCACGAAAUCAUCGAUAUACAGAGCGAGAGAGAGAGAAAGGCAAAUCUGUAAAUAUACUUCAUAACACAACUCGCAGCUCACACACGCCGACUCUCACCAAUGUGUCUGUGUGUGUCUCUGAAUGACUGUUUUGUACAUACAUAGUGAUAAUGUAAGACCUAAGCGAAGGGAAGAACAAACAGAACCAUACAACCUUAGGUACUAAACGCUCGUCAGCACGAAAAUAGAAAGAAGAAACGAUAGCGCGUGCGACUCCCUCGACACCGUAGCGUUGCAUUCUCCGUGCCGUUCUGUCCCUGGCCCGAAUCCUCGAAUGGCAGUGCAGCAGCAGCGGCAGUGAGCACAACCCGACCGCAGGUCCGCUCCGGGGUCCUCACCAUUCCAGCCACGCACCCACGCGCACUGGAUGACUCAGAACGAACUGUAACCGCAACCGCUGCUACACCUGCUCCGUUCAACUCUGCUGCGGAAGCUACGGCCUACGGACGCCUAGUCCCGACAUUUUGGACAAGACGGCGCAACGCUAGACCGGCACCACCAUGCUGUACGUGUUCCACGUCGAUACCGGCCGGAUGCUGACCUUCGAGAUGAGCAAGGCGCUGGAGAUUGUCCGCUCGCUGAAGGAGACCAUCGAGCGGCACCACGGCAUCCCCUGUGCCAGCAUCGUGCUGCUGGUCAGCGGCGGUGAGGUGCUGCAGGACACGCAACGGGUGUGCAACUACUCGGCCGGCACCGACACCAACCCGAUCUACAUGUUCAGCAAGAGCGUGCUGGACGCGCGGAACCAGCCGGCGCCGUGGCCGAGCAUAGAAACUGACAACGACCUGAAGGCCCAGGUGGACAAGUGCCUCGAGCUGCCAGCCACGUACAACACGGUCGUGACGCGCUCGCUGCUCGCCCAGCAGAUCUGCGAGAUGGCCAAGGAGGAGGCCAAAACGUGCGAGACGCUCAUCCACGAGCAGCACCUGCAGCAGCAGGGCUGGGCCGCCGUCGUCGCCAACAUGGAGGACUCGGUAAUGGAGUUCCAGGAGCGCGUGGCGGACUUUUACCGGCGCUACGAGGAGCACCGGCAGCGCUUCACCGAGCACAUGGAGAUCUUGUCGGCGUUCGAUCACGACUUGAAGCAGCUGUCGGAGAUUCCGAUCCUGUCCACGCUCAUGGAGAAUGCCGCUUCGCGUCCGUUCGGAAACUUUGACGAGGCGUACGUGGAUGCGGGCAACACGGCUAACAGCACCUCAUCCGGUAGCGUCAAAACGACUAGCAAUAGUGAGCCGGCAACGGCUGCCAUCGCUGCUGCGGCUUCAACAACCGACGCAGAAGGAACGACCCCUUCCCAGGGAGAGGAGAAGGCUGUAGCUCUGGCAGGUUCCGGUAGCGCCGAGCAGCAACAGACCGGCAGCAGCGGCAUAUCCGACAAGGACAAAGCCAAGUGCAUCUCGCUGCUGGACUGGAUCUCCGCAUCGGAGGGACAGCGAAUGCUGAAGCGUAUGGCCGAGGAGUGCACCAGCGGGCUGGAGCAGUUCGAGAAGCACACCGUAGGGCUCAAGCAGAACAUCGACAAAGCCGUCGAGGCGUCGCAGAGGGGUGACAUUAAGGAGAUCAAAGGCCUGGAGGAGCGACUGUGCGAUCUGGACAAGGUGAUGUACGAGGCGCGCAAGAUCGUCAGCGAUCAAAACGAGCUGGCGCAGUCGUUCCAGCAGAACCAGAACCGGGCGAACACGCUCGGUGAUACGUCGAUCCUGCCCGAUCUGUGCGCCUCGCACAAAAGCCAGCUCAUCGUGAUGCUGCAGAACCACAAGAAUCUGCGCGACAUUCGGCGUCGCUGUGCCAAGUGCAAGGAGGAGCUGGGCAACAACCUGUUCCAGCGGUUACGGUACAUCAUCCACGUGGAGACUCGGGUGUGGGAGAUCGACAACAGCAUUCUGUUCUACCACACCUCCCUGAAGCGGCUCCAGAAGCACCUGGGCAUCAUCGAGCAGAUCCAUAUGGCGCCCUGCAUGUACGUGAGUGCCGUCACGGAAGUGGUUCGCCGGAGGAUGUUCUCCAGUUCGUUUCUCAGAUGGGCUUCCGAUCUGGCGUGCCGCCUGAUGACGAUCCACAACGAGGAGGUGAUGCGCCGGCACGAGUUUACCGCCCAGUUCGAGGGGCACUUUCUCAGUACGCUGUUCCCCGGGAUGGACGACAUGCCGCCGUCGUACGCGAUUCAGGCGCCGUCAAUCUUCGAUUCUAGUCUACCGGCGCUGAACAAGCGAGAUCUCCAGGAACUGUCGACCUUCCUGCCGGAGCUCACGGAGAAGAUCCAGCUACCGAACAUAGAUUCUGUGAUAGAUUUCUUUUCAUCUAGAUCGGUAGAGGGCACCAACCAGAGCAAGAGCAGCGGUCUGCAGGAGUAUCCGCCGGACAUGGGAGCAGCGGAACCCACUGCCAUCGACGGAAAGGGCGAUGCGGACUCCGCCACCACCGCACAACAACCAACGAAAGAGGGCUGCGAAUCCGAAACCGACACGGAAGAGUUUGAAAAAGUGGGACAAAGUCCAAUCGACCGUCGUCGCCGGUCCCGCUCGAAGGUGCCGCCGGUGGACACCUGCAGCAUGGCCACGUCCACGGAACGGGUGCUGCAGGCGAGCGCAGAAACACUGACAGAGGAGAACCUCGGCACCACCCGGCUCGAGGUGGAGAAGCUGAAAACCAUCCUCCGGACCGUGUACCAGCUGUCCCAGUCGUCGAUCUCAUUUCUGCGCGAGCAGCUGUCGGCCGUACGGACCGAGAGUGCCUCGAACCGGGCCGAGUUCCGCAGCAAGCUGGAAGCCAUCAAUCGGGCGUGGGCUGCCAUCCAGGAGGAGGCCCGCAACCGCGAGCGGGAGACCAUCCAGCAGCUCACGGUGGACCACGAGCUGGAGAUGAAUGAUCUGCGCAAAAGCAUCCACCAGAAGGACGACGAGAUGCAGUCGCUGCGGUCGGACAACUCGAUGAUCAAGGCGAGCCACAUCGAGACGGUGUCCAAGUACGAGAGCGAAAAGCGCGAGCUGAACGUAACGGUCGACGAGAUGAAGGAGGUGGUGAGGAAACUGGAGCAGCGACUUGCCGACGUCGAGGUGGACCGCAAGAAAGCGAUCCAGGAAGCGGUGGAACAGCUCGAGCACAAGCACAAAACCGAGAUCGAAUCGCUGCGCUGCAGGUACAAGCUGAUGACCAGCAUGGACCGAUCGCCGUCCGACACCAGCCUGGAGAAGAUCGAAAAGCCGGACAUGAUCGACAUUGCGAGCCACGAGCAGCUGCUGGCGCAGGCCCGGGAAGAUUUCAACCGCGAGAAGGAACGUGCAAUCAAAACCGCAAUCGAAGAGGAACGACAACGAUGGGAGUCGUCCACGGUGACGAUCAAGCCGCAGCAGCGAUCGAUGGCCAGCUCGCCGGGAACUCCGACGGGCAGCCACGACAUCUACAAGCGGAUCCUGGAGGAGAAGGAGCGCCAGCUGGACGAGCUGCGGGACAAGGAAUCGGUUCUGAUAAGGGAGAACCAGCGAUACAAGGAAACCAUCCAAUCGCUGACCGAUCCGGAGCUCGGCUCGAACCAGCUGAACCUGAAGGAACAGCUGGAAGCGCUGGAACGCGAAAAGCAACAGCUAAGCAGGGAGCUCGAACGGCACCAGAACAGACCCAGUGGCGGGGUGUCCAUCCAGUCGUGCUCCAAGGGCGACCUCGUGAUGAUUGUUUACAACAGCACGUACGAUCAGUACACGAUCGUGCAGAACGCCCCCGUGCUGUACUUCCUGCACGCGGACAGCUACGCGGCGUUCGGGCUGACGGAGCUGGUGGCGGGCCAGGUGCCGCGGAUCAUCCACUGCAUGGGCACGGUCGUGGACAAGGAUUACUGCCACGCGCGCAAGGACGGCAACCGGUACAAGGUGUCGCGCGGUACCCGGUUCUACCGGGUCAAGGUGAAACCGGUGCCCGGUGGUAGUGGUGGCAGCAGCGGGGGAGGAAGCAGCGCGAGCCUCAGUGCCAGCGUUAGCAGCGGCACGUCGAGGAGCGCCGCCGCCGACUCGGACAAGCACUCGCACAAGAAGGAGAAGAGCAAAAUGAGUCGCUCGUCGUCAACCAUCACGGAGCAGGGCUUGGCGGCCGCCAUCAACAGCGUCGUGACGAGCACGACCACCACGACGGGAACGUCGCCGGGGCUGCUGAUCGAUUCGUUCGCACAAACCGAACAGCUGGGCUCUCCCUUGGGGCAGAUGGAGGACUCGGCCAUCAAGACCAGCGCCAGCCGGGACAUGAUCGACUCGGGCGUGGCUGAGCAGAACCUGCAGAACCAGCAGCAGCAACAGCAACGGAUCAGCACCUACAAGGAGCGCAACAUCUCGGUGACGGACGACGAGGACGUUGGGUACGGGGGCGGUGCCGGCAGUGCCAGUGCCAGUGUAGACGAGAGUGACUCCCAGCAGCAGCAGACGAGGCUGCGAUACGAGAGCGUUUGCGAGGAGGAACAACCGGAAGCGGAGGAGGAGCAGGAGGAUGUCGUGGACCAGCAGCAGCAGCCGGCUCCGGAAGGCGGCAACACGACGGGUUCCCCUUUGUCGAUUGGCGCACUAGUGCUGCACUAUUUGAUGCUUCCAAAAUCUCACUGAAAACUAUUUUUAACGAGUGUAACGUAAUCGCUAAAUUUUUCGAGGCCUACAAGUAAGCUAGUUUUAAUUUAGGGUUUUUUUUUCCCCAAAACACAUAACCCUUUGAACACAAAAAACACACACUUGAAAAAUGACACACACCCACCCACCCAAAUGUGCUAGAGGAAAAGGAAUGAAUGGUUUAGCUUACACAAAAAGAGCAGAAAAGUGAAAUUUGAAUUGCCGAUUGAACUUCUUUCAACCCAGAUCCAGCAGAAUAAACAACAUGCAAAUCAAACUGGUUCCAACUGCUAAUUGCGUAGUUUUCAAAAAAUCUAACAGAGAAAUAAAGAAACAAACUUAAAAAUACAGUAAAAUGUCGAGUUACGAACAAGCUUUACUGAUAAAUAAAAAAGAAAACACAGAAACAAAAACCAACCACAACUAAACAGUUUUUCCAGUUUACUGAAAUAAAUACACCACUUCUAAUGUUCCCUUCAAGUCACGUCAGACGGUACACUAUAUUUACAAUACUACAAUUCAUGAGGAGCUAGGCAGAAAUAAAAAAAACUUUGUAGCGAUAGUUCAACUGAAUAAUGUUUAAUAUGAAUAAGAAUGAAUCUUUGUGACUGAGAGUGCAAGGUACCGAAUGAGCGUCGUUGUAUCAUACUAGGUUAAGAGGAAAUGAACGAAUCAACAACUAAAAUAAACACACAUUACACUUGGCUGAGAGCAGAUUCUACUCUUAAAGCAAGAGAGAAUGCGAUGUUUUACUAAUCAAAACACAACCACAGGUGAUAAUUGUUAUUUAAUAUACUUUUACGGAAAGCAAACAUUAAACAAAAAAGAACGGAGAAAAAGAAAAUUAACAUUAAGAAAGGAUCAUGCUAUCGUCGGUGAAACAGCAGAGGUACGAGAUUGUAUAGGAUUGUAGCUUGAUUACUUUGCUCUAUAGCAUUACUCAUUUUUAAAGUAAAA